AUGUCUAUGGACCUUGAUGAUGCCGUCUCUAUUGCGCCUGCGCAGCAGACGCAUACGAGCGCCACAAUCCUCUGUCACAACUGCGGUACUCCGAUCGAUGGAACGACAGCCACCGGCGCAACCUGCUACGACUGUAUCAAGCUGACCAACGACAUCACCAAUGGAAUCCAGCGAGAAGCCACCAUCCAGCAGUGCAGAGACUGCGAGAGAUGGAUGUUGCCACCAGCAACUUGGAUCGUCGCCAUGCCCGAAUCUCGUGAGCUUUUGGCUCUAUGCCUCAAAAAGCUAAGAGGCCUGAACAAAGUGCGAAUCGUCGAUGCGAGCUUCAUCUGGACUGAGCCUCACUCUCGAAGAAUCAAAGUCAAACUGACGAUCCAAGAUUCUGUCCAAUCAGGUGUGCUGCUGCAGCAGAGCUUCGAGAUUGUAUACGUCCUCGCACAUCAGCAGUGCCCUGACUGUCAGAAGAGUUUCACCCCCAACCACUGGAGAGCCUGCGUACAAGUCCGGCAAAAGGUCCUGCACAAGAGAACAUUCCACUUCUUGGAGCAGCUGAUCCUGAAGCACGGUGCACACAAAGACACCCUCAACAUCAAGGAAGCCAAAGACGGUAUCGAUUUCUUCUUCUCCGUACGAAACCAGGCGGAGAAGUUUGUCGACUUUCUCAACUCAGUCGUUCCCGUCAAGGUCAAGACCGCCCAAGAGUUGAUUUCCAUGGAUACCCACACUUCUAAAAAAUCAUACAAAUUCACCUUCUCCGCCGAAAUUGUCCCCGUAUGCAGAGAUGACCUGGUUGCGCUGCCUAUUAAGAUGGCAAAACAGAGCGGCAACAUUUCACCCCUCGUCCUCUGCCACAAGAUUGGCACAGCAGUCUACCUGAUGGACCCGCAAACCCUCCAGACCGCAGAAGUCAGCGCAUCUCUCUACUGGCGUGCUCCUUUCACAGCUCUCGCCGACGCUAUGGAGUUGGUCGAGUUCAUCAUCAUGGACAUCGAGCCGACCCCUACUCGAAAUGGCAAGUGGUUGCUGGCUGAAGCGACGGUCGCUCGUGCAUCCGACCUGGGCGUUAACGACAGGACGUACUUUACGAGAACACAUAUGGGAGGCUUGCUGCAGCCAGGCGACUCAGCGAUGGGCUACCUGCUAAGCGGUACCAACUUCAACAACCCCGAGUAUGAUGCGAUUGAAGAGUCCAACACAUAUUCAUCGAUAAUCCCAGACGUCGUGCUAGUGAAGAAACACUACCCCAACCGCAGGAGGAAUCGCCGCCGUAACUGGAAGCUCAAGCGUAUGGCCAAGGAUGAGGGUGAACUUUUACCAAAGAAGGCAGACCAAGAGCGUAUGGAUAAGGAGUACGAACUGUUCUUGCGUGACGUUGAGGAGGAUGAGGAGCUUCGUGCAGCUUUGGCGGUAUACAAGAACCCCAGAAAGGCCACCGAUGAGGAGAUGAGUGUAGCAGAGACGGAUAUUGACGGUGAUGAUGGCGUGCCUGGAGUGAACAUGGACGAGUUGCUAGAUGACUUUGAUGAGCUCACCAUGGAGGAUUAG